AUGGAAGAUCCUUUAGCUAAUGCAGUUGUACCUGCGCCGGCCUCGAACCCUUUCCUCAGCCUUCCGAUUGAUAUCCUCGUUGAAGUCACAAAGAGCCUUAGAUUUCGCGACCUCAUUGCGCUUUCCCUAACAACAAAGGGGCUUCAAUACCUCCGUCCAAAACGUCCUGAGAACAAACGAGAGCUGAGAUGUUUCCUCCGAAUUCAUCGGCAGUUCCUCUCCAAUGAAUAUGUACCACAGAGUCAACACAAAUCGACACGAAGGAAGCCUCAGCACAUUCCUCCUGCCAAUUGCCCAUAUUGUCAACAUCGUCUGUGUCCUCCAACUUGCGAAACUGCUCUCUUUCUAGAUUCCGAUAGCGGCUUCUUUUUCCCAAAACAUUUAUUUCCGACCCAUCUUGCCAAGUUUAAAUAUGGAGGGAAAUAUGCCAGUUAUAUAAAGGGACUUGAAGACAGCUAUCCUUCACAGAAGCGUUCUGGCCAGACCUACUUUUAUUCUACAAUAUGGUGUGAACAUCACAGAUGUCCACGGGAUAUGUUGUCCAAGAAUAAAUAUUACAACCCCGAAAGUGACCUUGGAGUACCAUUAUUCCUGAAGGAAUACUACCACUGGAGACAAACUAAACUACUAUCCCAGGAAGUUGGAAUAGGAUAUUGGGUGCAUGAUCGAUGGAAAGUUGGGUAUCGGCUUCCACCUGGAGUACAAGACCCGAAAGCCAUCAAAGAGGACGACUUGAUCCCUAUUCACGAGAAAUUCUUCUACGACUCAAUGUGUUUACACUGUCUCUCAGAGCUCCCAUUUGAUUCAUCACCAGACUACUGGCGUCAGGCGCAGUUCCUUGCAUACAGGUGUUCGUGUCAUGAAGACGGGAAGAUUUCCAAGGGGAGUGAAAAUGAGAAGCGGGUACUAGUACGGCAACGAGGUCGGGGGACCUGUAUCCGCAUCGACCGCCCUGUAGUAGAACACCGGGGAUGUAAAAGCUGCGGCUACGUGAGCAUGAAGUUCACACGGAUUGAAGCCUUUGACUUUGUACAAAAAAAAGAGGACGGAACCAAUAUACAAAACGGGAGGACCGAGGGAUAUUGGGCAUACUUGGCCACAGAGUGUAAAUUGGGUCUUUCGCCUGCCGGAUACCGAGGGGAUGAAAAACAGAGGAUGUAUCCCGUUAGGCCCCAAGAAGAUGCUAAGUUCCUAGAUAUUAUACGUGGCCUGGGAUACGGCAUGAUCCCGCUCAGCCCACCAAGAGUUGGAAUACAGGAUCUUCCGUAUAAGGUCCUUGGCCAAAUACUUGGAUAUUUGGCUCAAGAAACGGACCCGGAUGAGGAUGAGUAUCUCUUUGCAUUGCGCGCCAGUUAUUGUUUCAUUAAAUGCUGGUAUGGCAGCGAGGCCAUGGCUAGGAUAGUACAAAAUCUCACUGAGCCAUACUACGUUCAAGCUCAUCAACUGCUGCAAUACAGCCAUAAUUUUGAAACAAGGGAGAAUUAUAUCCUAGGUCAAAAGGAUCACAAAGCUAGGAAGCUGACUCUGGAAGCUCACAGGUAG